AUGAAAACCACUUUAGCUAACAGUGAAGAGUUUAUGGCUCCUAGUAACUCAACCGCCUUGGAGAAUGCUUUUCCAAAGGAGAUUCACAGAGCAAGUGAUCUCCUAAUGUCAGUCUCAGUGCAUGCUGAUACAUAUAAGACGAAAAUUAUCAAUCUUUCUGUUGCAGCAAUGGAGGAACUUGAGCAAAUGGCUCUAGAGCAAGAGCCAUUGUGGUUAUUCAAUGUGGAUAGAAGGGCUGAAGUUUUGAAUGCUGUUGAAUACAAGAACAGAUUUGAGCCUCUUGAUGCUGCUCUAGAGGAAAUAAUUGGAAUGAUCAAAAUGGGACGGCCUAUAGAGCUUGCAAGCUUUAAUUAUACCAAUGCUGAAGUACCAAAUGAUAAUGGUAGUGAAUCUUCAUUACCAAUGGAAAAUGGACCAACACCACCUUUAGAAACUGAAGCUUCCCGGGCAUCUGGAGUUGUGUUCAUGAAUCCAAUUGACCUUGUUAAUAUGUUCAUGGAUGUGGAUCAGUGGUCGAUUGUGUUCACCAAUAUCGUCUCAAAAGCAACAGUUCUUGGGGUAGUAACAAAAGGAGAGCUUGGUAACCCUAAUGGAGCUGUGCAAGUGAUGAAGGCAGAAUUUCAUGUUCCAUCACCACUUGUUCAAACUCGGGAGAUCUAUUUUGCUAGGUACUCUAGACGACUCUCUCUCAACAGUUGGAUAGUGGUCGAUGUAUCUCUGGAAAGUAUUUUUCCUAAUCCAAUGAUUAAAUGUCGAAGAAGACCAUCAGGUUGUUUAAUAAGAGGAACCCCAGAUGGAUUUUCAAAGGUUACAUGGGUGGAGAAUAAUGAAGUAGAUAAUAGAUCAGUUCAAACUAUGUUCAGUCGACUAAUUUCAUCAGGUUCUGCAUUUGGCGCAAAUCGUUGGCUCACUACUUUAGAAAGACAAUGUGAUCGCCUGGCCAUCCACUUGGAUGAUAGGGUAACCCGAGGUGGGGCGACAAGUUUAUUGAAGCUAGCAGAGAGAAUGGUACGAUGUUUCAAUUGGAAUGUUAGUGCAUCCACAGAGAAUCCAUGGAGGCCAUUAACAGUGCCUGGUGCAGAAGAUAUCUUGGUCAGGACUAGCUGUAACUUGGAUGAUCCAGGAACCCCUCGUGGUGUUGCGAUAACCUUUGCAACUUCUGUAUGGCUGCCUGUACCACCAGAGAAUGUUUUCGACUUCCUUUGCUGUGGGAAGUGUCGCAGCCAGGUAUAUAUUUCAGGUUUUGCAACAGUAACUUUAAUGCUCCAUUCUCCAUUUGCGAAUUUUCCUGUCAUGAAGAUGUAA